GGCAGCUUAUUGGCCGGCUCGGGCUCACGUCACCGCCCGCCUAGGUCCGGCCUGAGUUUGGGGCUAGCCGCUCUCCGUUUGGUGUCGCGUCCUGCUGUGUGGAGCCCCGGGCCGGGCGGGCGGACUGGGCGGCCAAGGCAGAGCCAGAGUGGGCGCGAUGAAGGCACUGAUCUUGGUGGGCGGCUAUGGGACGCGUCUGCGGCCGCUGACGCUAAGCAUCCCGAAGCCACUGGUGGAUUUCUGCAAUAAGCCCAUCUUGCUGCACCAAGUCGAGGCGCUGGCCGCGGCUGGUGUGGACCACGUGAUUCUGGCCGUGAGCUACAUGUCUCAGGUGCUGGAGAAGGAAAUGAAGGCGCAGGAGCAGAGGCUGGGAAUCCGCAUCUCCAUGUCCCAUGAAGAAGAGCCUCUGGGGACAGCUGGGCCCCUGGCGCUUGCCCGUGACCUGCUCUCUGAGACUUCGGACCCUUUCUUCGUCCUCAACAGUGAUGUGAUCUGUGACUUCCCCUUCCAAGCCAUGGUGCAGUUUCACCGGCACCACGGCCAGGAGGGCUCCAUCCUGGUGACCAAAGUGGAGGAACCCUCUAAGUAUGGUGUGGUGGUAUGUGAGGCUGACACAGGCCGCAUUCACCGGUUCGUGGAGAAGCCGCAGGUGUUCGUGUCCAACAAGAUCAACGCGGGAAUGUACAUCCUGAACCCUGCAGUGCUGCGGCGCAUCCAGCUGCAGCCUACAUCCAUUGAGAAGGAGAUCUUCCCUGUCAUGGCCAAGGAGGGGCAGCUAUAUGCCAUGGAGCUGCAGGGCUUUUGGAUGGACAUAGGGCAGCCCAAGGAUUUCCUCACAGGCAUGUGCCUCUUCCUACAGUCCCUGCGACAGAAGCAGCCUGAGCAGCUGUGCUCAGGCCCCGGCAUCGUGGGCAACGUGCUGGUGGACCCAAGUGCCCGCAUCGGCCAGAACUGCAGCAUCGGCCCCAACGUGAGCCUGGGUCCCGGUGUGGUGGUGGAGGACGGCGUGUGCAUCCGGCGGUGCACAGUGCUGCGAGACGCCCACAUCCGGUCCCACUCCUGGCUCGAGUCCUGCAUUGUGGGCUGGCGCUGCCGCGUGGGCCAGUGGGUGCGCAUGGAGAACGUGACCGUGCUGGGUGAAGACGUCAUCGUAAACGACGAGCUCUACCUCAACGGGGCCAGUGUGCUGCCCCACAAGUCUAUCGGCGAGUCGGUGCCGGAGCCUCGCAUCAUCAUGUGAGGGGAUGCCAUGGGGCUGGCUGAGGCCCCACUUACUCACUGGCAGGGGGAGCCCUGGCGUAACACAUCAGGAGGCCCUAGACUUGCCGUUUAUCUGGGAGGACUGGACGAGGCGGAAGCGGCUGGGACACCUGCCCCCUCCUGUGGACAUAAGCUGACAGGAUCCUUGCUGGGCAUACCCCACAAAGCCCACUCCCUCAAGAAGGGCCGGGCCAGGGCUGUAUGGAAUAAUAAUUUAAUGCUCACUGUG